ACACGUGCAGUCUGGUUGGACCUGAAUAUCACGUGCUAACAUAAACCCUACUACUUGCGAGUUGAAGGUUCGAUGCUUCCUGUCCCUCCCGUUUCAACUUUCAUAGAUAGAACAAAGCAAACCCUGUAGCUCUGAAAUCUUCGUUGCUAGCUCUCAGAACCCAAUUGUCUUUUAAAAGAAAACGCUGUUUGGCCAGAAAACAGCAUACCUUUCAACUUUAUAUUAUUUGAUUCGGUUGGUAUUUAUAUACUAUUACCAAAAAUGGGGCAUAAUAAACCCAGGCGAUCCAAAACCCAACAUUCCCAUCGUGGACAAUCCAGCAGGACAAUUCAAAUUGAAAGGGAAGAUGAGUCUCUUCCAUCUGCUCAAGUUCCUGAGGAGGAUACAAACGUCCCCGUAAUUCAGCUUGCAAUGUGGGACUUUGGACAAUGUGACGCAAAAAGGUGUACAGGCCGCAAGCUUGCAAGAUUUGGUUUGUUGAAAGAAAGUAUCUGUACAACUUUCGACUUUAGUUUUAUGGUUCAGCUGAUUGGAUUCUCAUUAUGCUUAAAUUGGAGUUUGUCUUAUGCUGACCAGGAGUUGCGGGUCAGUAGUGGUUUUGGUGGCAUUGUUUUAAGUCCUGUUGGGAGUCAAUGUGUCUCUAGAGAAGAUCAUUUCUUAAUAAAGAGGAGAGGAUUAGCUGUUGUGGAUUGCUCAUGGGCGCGCUUGGGAGAUGUACCAUUUGUGAAACUACGCUGUGCUGCUCCUCGCUUGUUACCAUGGCUUGUAGCCGCAAACCCGGUAAAUUAUGGUCGACCCUGUGAGCUCUCUUGUGUAGAAGCACUAUCUGCAGCUCUAAUAAUAUGUGGGGAAGAGGAAACUGCAAAUUUGUUGCUGGGCAAGUUCAAAUGGGGGCAUGCAUUCCUGAGCCUCAACAGGGAACUUCUAAAGUCAUAUGCUGAGUGUGAAAACAGUGCGGCCAUCAUUUCUGUCCAAAAUGAUUGGCUUUCCCUCCAAAAUAAAGUUCCAAAAGCUGUCCCAGAUGUUCAAGGAAAACUCAAAAGUGUAUUACAAAAGAAAUAAUAAAACAGAAGAAAUAAUAUAAAAGAAAAGAACAGAAAGCGUUGAUACAGCUAGGCACACGAAAUUAAUGUAAUGUAGAAAAAGGAAAGAUUCAGGAAAAUAGCAAAUCACUUGAACUGAAAUAGCAGCUUCAGUUACAAGUUCAGUUCCGCAGAUACAGAUUUCCACGAUAACUCUUCUUUGUGAUAGUCCGACCUACUGAAGUCUCAAUUCAAAGGAAUGAAAGAACAAAUAAGAAACUACUCAGGAGGCAACUCUCCCAGCAAGAUAGGAAACUUGCCUCAGCAAUAAUGUGAAAUAUAAGAAUGUUUUUUCAUGCCUCUAUCCUCAGGUUGCCUCUAUUUCAUCUUUUUCUAUUUUCUAUUGGUUCUUCUCUGCCGUAAAUCUAUUAGCAUUUCCAGUUGCCUUUCAUCCGAGAAUUUCUCCAACAGAAUCUCAUUUCUCACUCUUUCUGCAUUUUUCCUUU